AUGGGUAUUCUUGGUAAGGCAGGUUUCCUCAGGAUGAGGUUUGUUGACCACGGCGCCGAGAUUGACUUUCCGUUCGUGAGAAAUUUGCGGUCGAGUUCUCCGAUUGAUACCCCGGAGAUAAGAAAAGGGGCAGAUUAUUCCGUGAGAAGUGGGCAAAAGGUGAGGAGAAGACGUGACGAGACCUGGACAAGAAUCAGUGGAUACGAGCUGCUGUGUGAGAGCUCAUUCGCCACGAACGGCUCUAAUUGCCUCCACGGAACUCCGUCUGGGUUGUGUCGAACAGGAUCCGGUGAUCAACGGGAUGGUUGGAGUCCGAUCGUUUCCCGAGGGAAAGCAGUCGACUGGGCGUUGUCCAUGCCACGAACGAAUUCAAGCCCUGCGGUGUCUGUGAGAAAUCUAGUUCGCUAUUUCGGGGAGACCGGGUCACGCGACGAAGCAUCCGAAGGAGAAUUCGCCGACGCCGAGGACUCAGAACACGGCCUGGAAAUGGAGGAAAAGCGCACGCGCGCUUUCACGGCUCGAAAUCGAAAGCCACCACGAUCUGCUUCGCCGUCUACGAAGCAGACUGACGAUGUAAAAGAAGAAUCGACGAAAGAAGCCAAGCAGGCGAAAAUGAAGCUUUUGAACUGCUGCCCAAUAUGUGGGAAAGAACAGCGCUCAGGACGGGUUCUGGCGAGUCAUUUGGGCAAGUGUAAGCAACACCUGGAAGCAGAAAUCAGAAUAGCUUCUGGCUCGUUGCUCUGUGUUCUUUGCCUGGAGCACUUUCCCUCAGACGCCGAGCUCGAGUCGCACAUUUUGACGCAUGUGGACGCAAUGAUAUGCAAAUUCUGCGACAGGACAUUCCACGUUGGAGAAGCCCUUUUGCUGCACUAUAACGAGGAACACAGGGAUGAGUUCCAUCAUCAUCUGCAAAGUUCUCAAUCUAUUGAAAUGAAGGAGGAUGUCGAAGAUGGCCUCGAGGUGAAAGUGAAUGGUCUUCACGAAGGCGAAGACAAUCUGCAGUCGUCAUCCCCAUCAAGCCAGAAGGCUGGAGAGACGGAACCCGAGUACCCCGAAUCUCCGAUAUCCGUCAGUGCUGAUCAAGCUGAAAUGGACCAGUCUGACGCUGCGGGUUCUGACAACGAAGCUGACGAUUGGUCUCGAUCCAAACUGGAAUCUAAGCUCAAGCCGGAUGAUGUCAACGAAAAUCAGGAAACAGCAGGGUCAUUCACAUGUCUGCAGUGUAUGGCGGUGUUUUCCACUCAAGGCGGCCUCAGUCUGCACAUAGCCACGAAACACAUGAAUGUCCUCGGGGAUAAUGAGUCAGAAUCCGAAGACUCCCGACCCGGGUCAACGGAUCCCAGCAUCAAACAGGGCUACCUGAAAGUUCGUGACCUUCGUCAGAAACAUGAUUCUGACGACGACUCGUGUGGCACUUUGCCAUCAGGGCCGCAGAAGUCCAACUUCGGAUUUACAGAUGGCGAGAUAUCCAACGAUGAAAGCCAUGGCUAUGAGUCAUCAGCCGCGGACCCACUGAGUCAUAGCUUCUCGCACUCGCAAGAUUUCUCAUACUUGGCAGAUGAAGAUGAUCCCGAGAUAGCUGGAGCACAAGAUCUUUCCGCUGAGAUCAGGGAAAUGAAGUUGAAAGGAGAGUUCCCGUGCCGUCUAUGCACCAUGAUUUUCCCAAACCUCCGUGCUCUGAAGGGCCACAAUCGCACACAUCUCAACAGUGCCCCGUAUCUCUGCAACAUGUGCCCCUACAGCAGCUCAGACAAGAGCACUCUCAUCCGUCACAUGAGAACGCAUAAUGGCGAGCGUCCGUUCCAGUGCAAGCUCUGCCAAUACGCCUUCACCACCAAGGCUAAUUGCGAACGCCACCUGAGGAACCGCCAUGGGCAGAAAACGCGUGAAGACAUCCGAAGGUCGAUCAUUUUUCACCACAUGGACAGCGGAGAUGGCAGCGAUUCUUUCAGUGAUGCCGCAGUCAUAGGGAUCCCGAAGUCCAAUACCGAGGGACAGGGUGCCCUCGGCAGAAAAGAUAUUGCCCUGCCGGGUACCAGCUUUGAUGCUGCUGACAAGCUGCGGUUCAAGCAGAGAGCCAUUUUCCCAGGAGCAAGCAUUCCAGAGUCUGACUCUGACUCAGGAUCACAACCACUGGCACAAAGCAGUCCUGUACCUAUCGAAGUGGAACCGGAUUUGGUUGAUAUUACCCUUGCCCAGGGAAACAGUUACGCGUUUCAAGUUUCCGACACGAAUGCUGACAAUCCAUUGGACUUGACGAAGAAGCAACCCCUGAAGAAGUCCGCUAGAAUUGAAGACGACAACGAUGGCAAGCCGCAGGAUUUAUCAGUGGGAAAAGAUGACGGUCAUCAAGGGGAAAUGUUGGCGAAGCAAUUUAAACCCAACGAUCCCGUCCUGCGUUUCCCCAUGUCAUCGGCCGAACUUGCUGCCAAGGAAAUGUCUCCCAGGCCCGGGAUCACUCCUCAGCAAUUGUGCAUGAGCAUGCCGAGCAUCCCUGAUUGUCACAUGCCUUUGUAUAUGGGACAAUACCCAGGACCACGCCCGAAUACAAACUUCAUGUUCUACCCUCCGACGUCAACGGGUCCUGUUCCUGUACCUGUCCCAGUCCCUGUUCCUGUCACGCAUCUGGGUCUCAGGAUGAUGGGUGGCAACAAUGACGUCAGCUCGAACUUCUUCGACUUCAAGAAUUACCUGGAAAAAUUCAAGCAGGAAUUCGCCUUGGCGGGUUCUGGAGGGCUUAUGCCUGGAUUGCCGCCAGAAUUGGCGCUGUUGGCCACCGACCCGAGAUUCUUCGCGUCAUGGAAGGACUACUUAACAAUGCAUGGUGAAAUGAACCAAGAACACUCGUCAUCGGACGAUAUGGGUCUGAAGCGGUUUUCAGACAAGAUCCCUCUACACGAAACAAAGUUGGCAUCCCCGAAGCACGACAUCCCAAAGGUUCAAGUGUCACUGUCCACACCGCACAAGCCUGUAGGACAGGUUCAAAAGACAUCAGUGCAGGCGAGCGGUACAGUACGAAUUCCAUCGGGCUCCAUCAAGGAAGUCCCGGUGGCAAACCUGAAUGUUGAAGACAGCAGCAUGGUGAAGCUGGUCAUCAAAAACGGAGUCCUGAUGCGUAAACAAAAACAACGCCGUUAUCGAACUGAACGUCCGUUUGUAUGUGAACACUGUUCUGCGAGAUUCACCCUGCGUUCAAAUAUGGAAAGACACAUCAAGCAACAGCAUCCUCAAUUCUGGAGCCAGAAACCCCGCGGAGGACGGCGGUUCCCCGGAAUGAGCCUGACUCCCAACACCAUCAUCAAAGACGAUCAGAAGCUCAUGAGUGUUGAUUCAUCCACGGGAGAAACGCUUCUUCCCGACAUUUGCGACAAGCCAGACUCAAUACCGAACGAAGACCAAGGAAAGUUUGUUGAUGAAGACUGGACGCAAGCCAGGAUGACUGAAAAGUUCAGGUCUCUGAGUGCUGAGCUGGCUGCUAAAGAACAUCAGGGCAUUCCACCUAUGCAAGACAUGGAAGCAAACACCAGUGCUAUGGAUCUGGCCAGUGUGAAGAAGCUGCUGUCUCAGGCCAGCACCCAGAAUUUCCAAGAAUUUUUCAAGCAAGAUGACGAUGAGCAAUGUGACCAGACUGCGGAUGACGCAAGCUCAAAAUCCUCCGAUUUUGAUGGAAAUGAAGGCAGUCCCGGACAAAAUGGGGAUCAGAAGAUGUCCGAUGGAUUCAACAUCAGUGAUUCAUCCACAUCCCCAGCCCCUGGCGCUGAAGGCACAAACCAAGGCCAGGCAGUGGAAAAGAAGAAAAGCGCUUAUUCCAGUGCUCCUCACAAGGUGUCAUGUCCGUAUUGUCAGAGGAAAUUCCCGUGGACAAGCUCCUUGCGCAGACAUGUCCUCACCCACACAGGACAGAAGCCAUUCAAAUGCUCUGUAUGUCCCCUGCUCUUCACCACGAAGUCCAACUGUGAUCGUCAUCUGCUGCGCAAACAUGGGCAUGCUAACAACGAAGCAUCCUUGAAUCAGAGUGGCUCGAGUCUGGGAGCCAAAUCCAUCCCCGUGACCGGCGUCGACAAAAUCUACACAUGCAGCAUGUGUCCGAGUGCUAACUUCAGCUCGAAUGCUGCACUAGAGAAGCAUCGCGUCAGAGUUCAUUUUCAUGCAUUUGGAGAACCCACUAGUGCUGGACAUGAUCCUGCAUUCCUGAUUGUCAGCCCAAGCAAGAUCAAGAAGAUUGAUCCUAUGAGCGACGACGAGUCAAAAUCAAAGGUGCUGGCUGAGCCGAGGGUUGCUGCAGAAAUGAAAUCUCUCCCAAAUCUGAUACCAGUGAAGACAUAUCUGUGUCCAGUCGAGGAUUGCAUGCAAGUGUUCAAAUCAGCAAACAUUGCCAUCACUCAUAUUUGCAAGGCGCAUCCUGGUCAAUUCCUCAACAAACAGGACAUUGAUGAAGUGGCAGAAAGCACGCAGGAAGAGUCAGCUGAUGCUCACGCCUUAGCACCAUCGUCACUCCUGAAAAUGCACAGCUGCUGUUUUUGCAUGAAAUCCUUUGGAUCCCCGUCUGACCUGUAUCUUCAUUCAGAAAUGCACCAGGAGCCGGCAGAAAUUGCAGCAGCUUCUCUUGAAAAGGAAAAGCCAGAAGAUGCUUCAGCCAAAGUAAAUGCACCGUCACCAAGGAAGCGGAAGCUCCUCACUGAAACGAUUUCUAGACUUAAUGGUUGCCAAGCAGAGAAGGGUUCUUCAACAACGAAGCUGAGUCGGAUUGAGGGCGCUGAAGAGCCGGGAUCUGACCUGAUCGGAAACUUGUUGGGAAUAAAUGAUAAGGAUUUGAUCGAUCAGAUGCUCAUCAGUAAAUCUGCAGACGAUGCUGCUAAAUUACUGGGAGUGCAGGAGCAAGGUUGACAAGAUCCACUCCGUCCUCAAGACAGUGAUAAGAGUUCCACAUCCUAAUUUACCAUCUUUGUGACUGAGAGAAAAAGUUGGGGUGCAUUCAUUGAUCUAGAUCAGCAUAACGUGGCUUUGAAUAUGUUCCCCAUUUGUAUCUGAAGAUUAAUUUUUGCAAUGUCAAGUUCUUUUUUGUUUCAUUUCCAGAAUGAUUUGAUUGAUGAGAGCAAGAUGACUAAACCAAAAAAAGUAUCCCUCACACCGAUUUUGAUUUCAUGCCAGAACGCAUACGCAGAGAACUUUUUGGGCAUCUUUUUACAAAAAUGUCAAUGUCAUGGAAUGAGAAUAUUUUUUGAAUACCUCUUAUAUUGGAGUGUGUCCACCUGAGAAGAUCAUCGACCCAGAGGGGAAUACAUCACCAUCAGUGGUGCGUUUCGAGCGGGAAGAACUAACUAUAUGUCGAAAGAAAUAGGCAAGGGAUUUUUAAACAAACUGCAAGUUCAGCUUCUCCAACUGUCCAAAUUGUAUCAUCAGAAUUUCUAUAUUUUUUGCUGGUAGAUGUGCAUUUCUAUUAAUUUUCGUGUGCUUUUAUGAUAUAUUUGCAAAAGAUCGUAUAUGUACCAAACGUUUUCACCAGCAAAACUUAGAUUGCGUCCAAGUGGGAAAUUUUGACUGCAGAAAUAAUGCACUGCGAUGGUUUUUCAUGAUGAGCUUGGAAUUAAUUGAAACAGGUGUGAGGUGACCUAAGAAGUCAUUAUGUUUUCUGAAUGCAGAAAACGCUGUGUCUUAUUCGAAAUUCAAUCAUCCGUCCAAAGGGGAAAUUUGAAGCAGAUGGUCAUGCAAACAAGUUUAUGCGUGGAAAUUUGAUAAGUCACAUGGAAAGCAAUUCUUUGUAAGUAAUCAUUGGGCAACAUUCGUUGCUGAAGCCAGGCUUGAUUUCUCCUGCUUGUUUUAAUUGCUAUCUUGAAAGUUAAUGAAAACGUGCACUGGGAGAGUUAUGUGUGUUGUGUGCCUUCAUACCGUAUGUGGCAUAGAUUUUAUCUUAGUGAUCACGUGAUUAUUUUAUACUUAAUGGACCAAUCUCUGCAGUCAUGUUUGGGAAAAAUGCCUCGUUUGUUUUCCUUUGCCGUUGACACGCUUUUUCUUUUUUUCUUUUGAUGCGCCGAAUAAUGAUGUGGUUAAAAUUGUUGCAAAUUUUUGGAUCAUUUGAUUUUUAUCCAUGGAAAAUGCCUCAUUUGUUGGUUUCAGCAUCUGUCAGUCGCAU